UGUCUGUGAAGUGGGUUGUACUACGUUGGUACAAUGUGAUCUAGGUUAUCUGUAGUGUCCUGUGUGUUAUGGUUGUUGUACUAAGGAUAUUCUUUUUUGAUAUAAAUUUUGUUGGUUGAUUCUGUUGUCAGGGAAUCUCUGUUACUGGUAUUAAAAGUGCUGUGAUUAUGGGGAAAUUGAAUGUUACCAUCUUACGGUAUUUAACAAAGGAAGAUUUCAGAGUGUUGACAGCCAUUGAAAUGGGCAUGAAAAAUCAUGAGCUUGUACCAGGAUCUCUUGCAGCAUCUAUAGCAAAUCUUCGACAUGGUGGUGUUCAUAAACUCCUGAAAGAAUUAUGUAAGAAUCGACUUCUUAGCUAUGAACGUGGGAAACACUAUGAUGGUUACAGACUAACUAAUGCAGGUUAUGACUAUUUGGCACUGAAGACCUUGACAUCAAAAAAUGCUGUUUCUUCAUUUGGAAACCAAAUUGGAGUUGGGAAGGAGUCAAAUAUUUAUGUUGUUGCCAAUGAAGAAGGCCAGCCACUUUGCUUAAAACUUCACAGGCUUGGUCGUACAUGUUUUCGUAAUAUAAAAGAGAAACGCGACUAUCAUCAACAUCGGCAUACUGCGUCUUGGCUGUACCUGUCUCGUAUCUCAGCCACCAAGGAAUUUGCAUACAUGAAGGCUUUGCAUGAACGUGACUUCCCUGUACCUAAACCUAUAGAUUUUAACAGACACUGUGUAGUCAUGGAGCUUGUAGAAGGAAAACCAUUUUGCCAGAUGCAUGAAGUUGCAGAUGUCGAGUCUCUGUAUGACGAGUUGAUGGAUUUGAUUGUAAGACUUGGAAAUCAUGGUGUUAUACAUGGAGACUUCAAUGAAUUUAACAUAAUCAUAACAAAUGAAGGAAAACCAAUUCUUAUAGAUUUUCCACAGAUGAUAUCCACUUCACAUCCUAACGCUGAGAUGUUUUUUGAUAGAGAUGUGAACUGCAUUCGCGAUUUCUUCAAGAGGCGAUUUGGAUAUGAAAGCAGCUUACAUCCGACGUUUAGUGAUGUAAUGAGGGAGGAUAAUUUGGAUGUGGAAGUAUCAGCCAGUGGCUUCACUCGCCAGAUGGAAAAAGAUUUAUAUGUUGAAAUGGGAAUUGAGAAAGAUGAUAAUGAAAGUGUAGAAGUGGGAGAAGAAUUAGACAAAAGAAUUGGACAUUCAGAAGUUGAACAGUUGAAAAAUAAAGCAGAAGAUAUGUUAAAUGAUGAAGUUGACUGUGAAGUUCAGAAUAAUAGUGAAGAAUGUGUCAUUAAUAAUAAUUCAGAAUCUGACAUAGCCAAAUUGCCCUCAGUUAUAACUGCAGCACAGAGCAAUUCUAUCAGUAGCGGCAGUUUAAAGGACGAAGAUACUGAAAAGUUACAAUAUUUGAAAAUGAGCAGAAAUCCUCAUUGCUUAUCUGAUGAUAAAACUUGUGAAAAAGAAUGUCCAUCAGAAAGAAUUAGAUUUUAUAGCAGCACUUUUAGCGUACGUAGCACCUCCACAGCAGCCACUAUAGCUCCAGGAGAGAUUCGUAGCCGUGUAAAAAAGUCUUUGGAACAGCGUGAGAAGUCUUCCUUGAAGAAGAGAAUUACAGUAAAAGGAGAAGCCAGUGCAGUAACACGAUCUCGAAGAGAGAAUAUGGAUACAAUCAAACAGUGUGAUGGUAUCUGGAAUUGGGAAUGAAAAUAUAUUAAAUAAAAUUCAGAUGUCUGUGUUUACCAAGCAUAGUGGUUUAGACUGUUAAUGGAAAGUAAUAAAUACUUUGCAAGCUCUCUUCUUUGAAAUUAUAAAAUUUCUCCUAAAUGGGUGUGUGUCUUUGUAUUGCACAUUAAAAACAUGUAUCCUUUCUUA